CGGAUGAGACAGUUUUAUUUAUCGUUGUUUUUCAUUUUCAGAACUAUUCCGAUAAUUGUAAUUAUUCAUUUUAUCUGCAUGUGCACAGUGAUAAAUGCUUUCUUAUUGUAUACAAUUCUAAAAGAAACUUCUGCAUAUUCAUUUCUUUAAGUAAGGUAAGUUUAAAAAUAGUCACGUGGUUCAAACUAAGAGUUUUCUAAUAACUUUUGCAGACAAUUUUGCUGACUUUCAGUUAUAAGGUAAAGAUAUAUAUUUGCUUGGUACUAAAACUGUUCUGUCAUUUUUUUUCUUGUAGUAGAUAUAAGGUGUCUGCCUGAAGCUUUCUGUCGAGGAAUUAUAUAUUCGGGCAUAUUGGUGAUGGCGUUUAUGAUAUCAGUAGGCAGUUCCGUUCAUUUGAUCAAAAAGUAAUUGAUAUUGGAGUGUUCCAAAAACGAGCUAACCCUUAUUCUGAUAAAAUCGAAAGUGAUUAACCUGUAUCUUGAUAUCCCUUUAAUUGGACAGUUCCAAAAACGGAAGCUGGACAAGUCUUUUUAAAACAUAACUAACAAACAAACAAACAAACAAACAAACAAACAAACAAACAAACUAAUAACUAACUAAAAAACAAUAGAAAAAUAAACUAAACAUCAUAUUUAUUUGUAUUUAAUUCGUAUAAAAUAUCCUAUUAUCAGAAUAAAUGUUGAUCACUUUAUUUUCUACAAUAUUUAAACGAAAACAUACGAGGAUGCAAUAAUAUAAAGCAUGUUCAUAUUUUAGUUUCCUUAUUCUUGAUGCAUUCAUCUAUGAGCUGACCAUCUGGUAAAAUUAUAUAUCCAACAUUUUAUCCUCCUUGAUAAAACCUUAUCCAUGAACUUCCUUAAUUCUAAGAUGGCAUCCACUUAUCUCUUUUUCUCCAUUCUGUAUUAGUUCAAAACUGAAAACAAGUUUAUUCACUGGAAAGUAAACAGUGUCAUAUGAAGUUUGUACGUUGGUCGUAGGAACAAUUAUUUUCCUAUUUUGGAAUUCAAGUAGAAUAGUAAAUUUUCUCAAUUUUGGUAAUAAAGAUUAAUGUCUAAAGCUUUGAAUAACGUGACAACUGUUCGUUCAUGAUAUAUGGUUAUAUUAUCUAUAAAACAGAAACAAAUGGUGACGUGAGUCAAUGUGGUGGAAGAACUCCGGCUGUUCGUAUCUGCAAACACUCGGAAGUAACUAUGGUUACUAAAGUUUUCAUAGAAACUGCCGAUGUACCGCCACGUCAGAUUAAUAGAUGUAAAUGCAAUGUAACACCAGCAUUAUUGAACAGCAGCGUUUCACUUUUCUACCGGAAGAUUUCGCGGGAAAGUAAAAACGUUUAUUUCAAAUUUCAAGACAUCCUGUUAAACAAAACAGAAGAACGUGCUAACUCAACUUUUACUAAAGAAAAUGAGCUGGUUUUGGAAACAACAUCUGAUUUCAACAUGAAGGAUGUUUGUCUUAUUAUUUCUGCAGAUGAUGAAUCAACAUUUAAUAUAUCCUGUGAUGAGUCACAAUGGGCUGUUACACAAUCCACGGUUCCAGAGAUUACGAUAAGUGAACUUGAGACAAGCAUAAAUUCAACAUUAGAAAAUAGCAGUGAUAUCUGUACAAUUGGUAUCGCUACUGGCGGGAUUGUGUGUGUUAUUGUGGAACUUGUUGCAAUUCUUAUAAUUUGCUACAAAAGGGGAGCCUAUAAACAGAAGAAAAAUGUGAGGACACCAAAACUAUCACAGGGAGAGAAUGAAACAUCUGCAAGAAACGACGGAGGUGAUAAUGAUUAUUAUAUGACAGAGAAUCCUUUGUAUAACAUGACUGAACCCAUGAUGGACAAAAAUGAGUCCCCUCUAUAUUUGCUGGUUCAAAAACAUGCACCGAAUGAUGAACAAAGGAUGGAAGCAUAUGAUGAUAAUCCAGACUUACCAAAUAAUUCAAGUCAACCUUUGGCGUUCCAGCAAAGUUGACUUUGAAAAGUUUGGUGACGCUACUGACAGUGAGUACACUGAAAUCGGAAAUGUCGAUGUUGUCAGUGGUCUUUACAAUCAAAGGAAUCAGAUAAGAUAAAGUUAUCUUGAAAAACUUUUCUAAAGAUACAAAUAAAUUGAAAAC